CAGACAUUUUCAUGUUCUGGAACCACCAGACAGGCCAGCUUUUAUUCAGAAUGGAGUCUUCUGGACUUUUGAGAAUCCUGGUGAUAUCCAUCCUUCUAGUGAAUGUCCAAGGACCUGGUCUGAGUGACUGGCUCUUUCCCAGGAGAUGCCCCAGGAUCCGAGAGAAAUGUGAAUUCAAAGAAAGGGAUGAAUGUACGAAGGACAGUCAAUGCCCGGACAACAAGAAGUGUUGCGUCUUCAGCUGUGGGAAAAAAUGUUUAGACCUCCAACAAAGACAUGUGCAGUAUGCCACAGAAAACUGGCCCCUGCAUGGCCUACCUUCCACGCUGGUGGUAUGAUAAGAAAACUGAGAAGUGCUACAAAUUCAUCUAUGGUGGUUGCCUAGGGAAUAAUAACAACUUCCAAUCUGAAGCUAUCUGCCAGGUCAUCUGCCAAAGAAAAUACUCAGCUCCCUGGCUGGGAUAAAGAGAACUGGAACAACCUCCAGGAUUUGGCUUAUAAUCCAGGGCUCUCUCCGUGUGUGCCUGACCAAGGCUCCAUAUUGGCUUCCACUGGCCAAAUCUCAACUGCCAAGACGUUGGCUGUUUCAAAAGCUGAAUCCCAGGAUUUUCUGACUCCCUUUCCUCCAGCUCAGCUUCUCUUCAAACAUAAUGCCCUUCGCCCUUUGACCCCUUCUCAGUGUGUUACUUUAUCUCUUUAACUUUCAGGGCCCCCAUUUAUCCUUUGGAAGCCUCCAGUUUCCCCUAAUAAAGUGUUCUGUGAGGUCUGAUA